CUGUCAAAUUAAAGACCCUAAAGAGCUUAGAAGUAUCAGCUUGACGAGCCGGAGAUUGCGGAAAACGCAGUCUCGCGCUAGCGACGUGCUGGCACGUCGAGUUCUACGACGUUCUCCGACGUUCUUCGACGUCCGUUGACGCGCGCUCGAUGUACAAGAGAUAUAUAUAUAUAUAUAUCAAGUUAUCAAUGAUGGAACCAAAUGGGAAUUAUCAUCGAGAAUCCUUUUUAUCGGCGAGGAAUCAAAGAUUCCUCGAAUUGUCUGGCAGGAACGAUCUUUGGACCAGAGAGAUCCUACCAACCAUCUGUAGUUUACCAACCGAAUAUUAUAAUAUCACCGGAGUCCCAGAAAUGUUCAGAUUGGAGACUAAUCGAGCGUCAACCACGACGAGCAUGAACAGCCCUCGUCAUCAUCUCUCUUGUUGGGCCUUACCUCUGAUCGGUUACAAAGUAAAUUCCUCGCCUCGUUACGAGAAACCACCCUAUUCUUACAUAGCUCUGAUAGCCAUGGCCAUCAAUUCAUCGCCGAAACAAAGACUGACUCUGUCCGGUAUUUACAAGUUCAUCAUGGAGAGGUUUCCUUAUUACAGGGAAAAUCGACAGGGCUGGCAGAAUAGUAUUAGACACAAUUUAAGCUUGAACGAUUGCUUCGUCAAAGUACCACGUGACAAGAGUAAUCCCGACGAGGACGAGGAACAUGGUGCAGCUGGUAAAGGCAGUUAUUGGUGUCUCGAUCCGUCCGCCAACGAAAUGUUCGAGCAUGGUAAUUAUAGACGUAGGAGAACUCGUAAACAGCGAGCAUUUUUGCAGAGCAAAGAUGAAUCACGAAGAUCACUGUUGCAACUUAUAGAAGACGAUCGAGGAAAGAUCGAGAGAUGGUGCGAAAUUGGAAGCAGAGAUAACGAUCUACAGAAGGAGAAGGAAAUUGAUUACGCGAGUGGUUCGGAACGUUGCGUUAAAUCGACCAUGUUCACGAUCGAUAAUAUCUUACGAAAGACAGCGCCCGAGGCUAAAAGUUAAACUUUUAUUCCUUGUAAAUCCUCCAUUAAUUUUCUCUUAUUUCUAUUUAUUCGAGAGAGAAAGAGAGAGAGAGAGAGGAAACGCGUUCCAUUUCUUCGAUCGUAGCAUUGCUCUUCUUCUUCCUCUUCUUGUAUAUACAAAGGCUAAAAUGUAUAACAAAGCUAGCAUACAGUAUACAAUACGUUACAUUGUAAUUACAUAUAUUAGGUACAAAUUAAACUACGACGUGAAAGCCAAUUAUACUUUGAGUGGAAGACAAUUAAUAAAAUGGUGAUAAACAGCAUAUCUUCUACCGUUUGUGCGUACAUACAGAUUGUAUGUAAAGCUUUCAUAAAAAAUAUCCUAUGUUUAUGUAAAGGCCUCGCAAAAAGCCUUCAUCUCUAUCAAAUCGAUUUAUAAAAACGGCCAUCAUCGGUUCCAUGCACGCACCCACGCAAACAUAUGCAUUUGCAACUCAUACAAAAUUUGAUAAAAGAAAAAGCGUUUUUCCUAUCAAAUGAAUGUUUGUGUAUCUUAUAUUACGUAGAUUCUAUAUAAAAACUAUGUACUUCGUAUAUAAACAAUUCGUUCCUGCUAGUUAGUUUGUUGUACAAUUUGUAUAAUUUGUACAAUACUUGAAAAAGAAUCCUAUAAAUUUCUUACCUUACAAUUUGAAUAUUCUUACUUCGUAGAAAUGCAGUAGUAAUGUGUGUGAUACCGGCGUGUGGAUUAUUUAUAUUAUAUCUAGCUAUUGCAUAUAUUUCACAAUAUGCAAAUAUAUAGGACGUUUUUCAUACCUUUAUGUAAUUAUCUAGAUUAAAAUAAAAUGACACUAAGCAUUCGGA